CCGCGAAACUUCAGCGGCCGUGCUCACAAGUUAACGGAGCGGGGGUCCCGGGGGCGGACAGUGCGUGAACGGCUCGGUCCCGCGCGCCCCGUUCUGACAGCUGUUGUGUUUGUUUUAUAGUGUCUUUUAUUGUUUGAUUGUUGUUUGUUUGUUUAUUUUGGAGCCACGCUGACGGUGGAAGCGCGCGCUGCGCGUGCUAUGUCCCGCUCGCGCGCCGGGGCAGCAGCAGCGUUAUGGAGAUGAGCGCGCGCCAGCCGCGGCCGCCCGAGCCCAAACCGGACGGGCUGGCGGCGAACUGCGACGGGCUCCCGAGUCGCAACGGGGAUCCCGCGGAGAUCACCGUGUCGCUCUCGCACCCGGGCAAGCGCGUGAGCCCCAUCGAGGGCAACAACCUGUACCGCUUGCGCGACCGGAAGUUCUUGCUGGAGGACAAGCGGCGGCUGUGCGCGUGGGCGCUGGGCGCGGCGAUGCUGGGCAUCCUGCUGAUGAUCGGGCACGCGGAGCUCUGCCCGGCCGUUUACCAGCCGGGCUCCAUCUAUGCCAUCUCCAUAAACGGCCUCAUAAGCUUCUCCACCGGCUGCCUCCUCAUCCUCAUCAUUGCCUUCCACUAUAAAGACAUCCGGCUCUUCAUCAUAGACCACAACCAGGUGGACUGGCGCAUCGCAAUGACCACCAACCGGGUGCUCGGCAUCUCCUUGGAACUGCUAGUCUGUGCCGUUCACCCAGUGGCCUCAUAUCUAGGGCCUGAUGUGGGCGUGCAGGUGCCGGUCCUGAAGUGGAACUCCUCCGUCACGCCCAUCUGCCUGUGCCAGAGCCACAGGGAAACUUGGCUGGAGAUAGAGCUUCUGCUGUCGGGUCUGAUGUUCCUGCGGCUCUACCUGGUGCACAGGGCCAUCCUCCUGCACAGCAAGGUCCUCCUCAGCGCCUCCUACAGGAGCAUCGGCUCCCUCAACAACAUUAACUUCACCUUCCGCUUCGUGCUGAAGGUGCUCAUGAACAAGUACCCGGCCCGCACCCUGCUGGUCUUCAUCAUGCUGUUCUGGCUCUCUGCUGCUUGGAUGUUGAGGCUGUGUGAAAGGCAGGCAGAAGUUGAGACGGGGGACAUGGGAACAGCGCUUUGGCUCAUCGCCAUCACCUUCCUCACUGUGGGCUAUGGAGACGUGUCCCCCUGCACCAGCUGUGGGAAAGUGGUCUGUCUUUUUACAGGCGUCAUGGGCGUGGCGUGCACGGCUAUGUUGGUCGCAGUUGUGACAAAGAAGCUGGCACUGAACAAAGGAGAGAAGCAUGUGCACUUCUUCAUGAUGGAUAUCCAGAUUUCCAAAGAGAUCCGUAAUGCUGCUGCUAACGUGCUGAGAGAAUGCUGGCUGCUCCACAGGACCACCCAGGCCAAGAACAACAACGGUGAACACCGGCACCACCAGAGAUGCCUGUUGGAGGCUAUCCGUGUAUUUCGUCACCUGAGGCUGAAGCAGAGGAAACUGAGGGACUACACCAGUGAGAUGGUGGAUCUCUCUAAGAUGCAGAUGAUCAUGUGUGACCUGAGCGCUAACUGGAACAAUUCUUACCGUGAGCUGGAGCAGCGCAUCAUCUCUAUGGAGCAGAAGCUGGAUGAACUGGGCCAGUCCUUCCAGAGCACCUCCCAGCUGCUGAGCCAGGCCCUGCACCGCCGCCGACUCGACCACAGGUGACCUGGGGUGAAUUUCCCUCUGAAGACGCCCCAGCGGACGCCACCGUCCUCUCCUUGUCCUCAGACGGCCGUCCGAUCACAACUGCACGAGCCACUUACAGUGCAGUGUUAGUGGAAGUCUUCCAUGAUACACGCACAGGUUUCUGUUUCCACGGACCUCAAGAGCUGCACAGACUUUCUGCACAGAGAAAGAUUAACUAACGUCCCUGUACCUCACUGAGGGGCGGGAUAAGAAGAAGAAGAAGAAGAAGAAGAAGAAGAAGAAAAAAAAGAAGAAGGACAAAUCUAAUGUAUUUAUGACGAUAUUUAUGUUUAUCUGCGACACUGAAAACAAAGGGAAAAGUGGAGAACAGCUUCAGUGACCGUGGUUUUAAAGGUAUGAAAUCCUUUGGGGUUAAAAUGAGGACUAAUAGACUGUGUAAUUAAUUAUGCAAUUUUCAGUAUUGCUUUAAAAAAAAAAAACGGUCAAAGUUUAAGUGCUGUUUUGAAACCAGUGGAAUCGUAAUAUAUCAAUCGUAGUAAAUUGGAGAUACAAUCCAGUCUGAAUCCAGCUGAUUCCUCUAUUCCUGUAUUGCCAGAACAAAUGCACCUAAUCAAACUCUGGUCAGGAUCAAUUUUAUUGUCACUUUCUAGCAUAGGAAAAGUGUUUUAUUACGAAUGAAUCAAAACUUUCACUCAUUUUUCCACAUUUCAGCUUUUUCUACACAGUAAAAACACAAACACAGAUCUCGGAGAACAACACUGUCCAUCAGCUGUCCAUCAAUGUGUACAAAGAAAAUUUUUAGCUGUGUUUAGCAGUCCAGCAUAAAAAAAGUUUUUCUUCAGCUUUAUUUUUUAUGCAAAUCAAGUAAAACAUGUAGAAAUAACAUCCUCUUUCAUACAGUGGUGCUUAAAAAGGUUUAAAGCAUUUGAGAAAGAAUUUAAGAAAGUUCUACAGUGCUGUGAAAAAAGGAUUUUUACCCCCUACAGAUUUCUUAUGUUACUUUUCAGAUUAACAAACACAUUCAAAUAUCAGACAAAUAUACUCUGAGUAAAUACAAAAUGCAGUUUUAAAUGAUAAUUUUAAUAUCAUUAAGUGAAAAAUUCUAUUCAAACUUGAAAAAUAACUUGGUUGUACCACCUUUGACAGAAACAACUGCAAUCAAGUGUUGGGAAUAAGUAGCAAUGAGUCUUUCAUAUCUCUGCGGAUGAAUUUUUUUAUUCUCUCUUCUUUACAGAAUGGUUUUAAUUCAGACAUUCUGAAGAGUUUUCCAGCAUAAACAACCUGGUUUAUGAUCAUCCACCACGUCUCAAUCAGACUUUGGCUAGAACACUCCAAACCUUCAUUUUCUUUUUUUUUUUUUUUUUAUUUGAGCCACUCCAUGGUGGACUUGAUUUUCUGAUUCGGGUCAUUGUCCUGCUGCAUAACCCAAGUACGCCUAAGCUUAAGGUCACAAACUGAUGGCCAGAUAUUUUCCUUUAGGAUUUACAGCAACUUAUCCAGGUUCUCAAGCAGCAAAGCAGCUCCAGACCAUCAUGCUACCAGCACCAUGUUUGACUUUUAGUAUGAUGAGAGCCUUUGUGUUCUUUAUUAUUUUUAUUAUGUUCCAAUAGAUUCAUUUUUUUUCACAUAGAAUCAGGUUGGUUUGGAUAGAUUUUUUAGAUAGAUUUUUUACCAUUACUAAAUGAAAUUAUUAUUUAAAAACAGUUGUUUAUAUUUACUCAGUUUAUCUUCGUCGUAUAUUAAAGUUUGUUUGAUCACCUAAAACAUUUAAGCACAAAUUAAGCAAAAAUAAAUCUAUAUUGGGGCAAAUACUUUUUUAUUGCACUGUAUGAUUUGCAUAAAUUGAACCUAAACUUCUGAUUUUCACACAAAAUAUUAGACAUGAUCCAAAAUGAUCUUUCUGUCUGACUGUGGAUUGGUAGAGUCCAAAGAUGGUUUAGUAGUAAACUUCUUCAACCUGAUGAGCUUCAUACCUCAUUUGAUCGAGCUAGGUCAAUUUUUUUUUGUUGCAGAAAUAUAGAAAAUUCCAAAGAGUUCAAGCCCCACUGUACUUUUGCAGGGCUUAAAAGUAACAGUAGUGUAACAGUUGGCUGCUUGGUUGAUCUAUAACCAGGCGUGUGAGUUAUCCCCUCAUUAUUUCUUAUUCAAGUAGUGAAAUACACAGUGUAGAGUUGAUUAUAGGUCUGGUAUUUUUACUGUCAACACUAAAUCAUUUUUAUUACAGCUGUGAAGAAAAACUCCUUUUAAACAGAACAAAUCAAGACGUUAACAAUUUAGUUUCUCAGGGGGUAUUGGGAUAAAUGUCUCUUUUAUGGGGGGUUUUAUCCUCUGUGAUUUUAUUCCUGUCCAGAACGACCAUGUAUGUGUUUUAUUUCUCAGACGUCCUCUGAGAAAAUUACAGGCUGAUCUACUGUUUUCCGCUGAACUCCUUGGUCCUCCGGUAAUUUUAGUCCCUUCCGGACACACAUCUCUGAGUUACGUCUCCUCGCCUUUAAUAAAACAGCUAUUUGUCCAUUGCCACGCACAGUAAAUACACUUUAGGUGCAUGUUUCCACGGAGAUCCAUGUAAAACACAACAGCGAGUGGAAAUGGAGGAGCUACUGAACACGAUGUCACGCGACCAAGAAAGCCAAAAAACUCACUGGUCCUCCUGUUUUUCCAAUUGCCAUCCGGAUGCAGGGAUUUUAUCACUGAGUAGAAGUGUAAAAUAUAUUCUGAGAAACGAAUCCCGUCCGGAUAGAGCUAAAGAUGUGAAAUAUUAGCCUCAAACAUUUGAUAAAAACACCAAAAAAAGCCAAAAGCAGGUCUAGAACAUCAUCAGGGGGCUCCAAGUGUUUCCAAGUGGACUAAGGCUUUGCCACUAUGAUCAGAGGAUCGCUGGUUCGAAUCCUGGAUCAUGCUGCUUGCUUUCAGCACCUCUUAUGUUCAAAUCAUUACUAAGAACAUAGACAGCUCUGAGACAAAAACUAAAAGACCACUUUAAUUUCUGAAUCAGUUUCUCUGAUUUUACUAUUUAUAGGUUUAUGUUUAAGUAAAAUGAAUAUUGUUGUUUUAUUCUAUAAACUAUGAACAUUUCUCCCAAAUUCCAAAUAAAAAUAUUCUCAUUUAGCGCAUUUAUUUGCAGAAAAUGAGAAAUGGCUGAAAUAAAAAAGAUGCAGAGCUUUCAAACCUCAAAUAAUGCAAAGAAAACAAGUUCAUAUUCAUAAAGUUUUAAGAGUUCAGAAAUCAAUAUUUGGUGGAAUAACCCUGGUGGUUUUUAAUCACAGUUUUCUUCAUGCAUCAUGGCAUCAUGUUCUUCUCCUCCAGUCUUACACACUGCUUUUGGAUAACUUUAUUCCUUUACUCCUGGUGAAAUAUUCAAGCAGUUUGUUUGGUUUGAUGGCUUGUGAUCAUCCAUCUUGCUCUUGAUUAUAUUCCAGAGGUUAUCAUUUUUAAGCGCUCUCUUAUUUUUUUCCCAGAGCUGUAUAUGGGAACUGAAAAUACAGUAAAAUUAGAACAAAUGUUACUAGAAUAGUCUAAAGAGAGGAGUAAGGAGAAGGGUAGGCCAUAUCAUCUGGCAAACAUGGUGGAGGUAGUAUUAUGGAAUGGGUAGGUAUUAAAUGGCUGCCAAUGUAACUGGAAGUUUCCAUAUUUCUCAUGUGUCUACUUGGGUUUCUCUUGAGGGGUUCUGGUUUCGAAGCUUUAAAUGGACAACAACCAAAAGCAAAAAAGGACAUUUUUUAUGGAAAAAGAACUAAACUGAACAUUAAUCAUACCAGCAGGAACUGAAGACAGCUACAGUUAAAGAACCUGCUGAUGUUUUUGACUCUAAGCAGUGACGUUUUUGCAAACGUUUAUUUAAAAAUGACAAUUUCAUGUAUAAUUAUGUAAGUAAGUUGGCAAAUUAUUCUUGCGCCCUCAACAAAUGAAGGGCUGUGUAUAGAAAAUG